AUGUUGGGAAAGGUUAUCUCUCGAAGUCUUCAUGAUGUCGUUAUCGUAUCGGCCAGCCGAACUCCCAUGGGUUCAUUCCAGUCUGCUCUUUCUUCUCUGAGCGCUACCCAGUUGGGAUCUAUCGCCAUCAAAGAUGCCGUUGAAAAAGCUGGAAUCGAGGGAUCUGUUGUUGAAGAAAGCUACAUCGGAAACGUCUGCCAAGCUCACCAGGGUCAGGCUCCCGCUCGCCAGGCCACCCUUGGAGCUGGUCUCCCCAAUACCAUUCCUUGCACUACCAUCAACAAAGUAUGCGCUUCCGGAACCAAGGCCGUCAUGAUGGCCGCUCAAUCUCUCGCUCUCGGUCACAACCAGUGCAUGAUCGCUGGUGGAAUGGAAAGCAUGUCAAACGUUCCCUAUGCGAUGAAGCGAGCCGCUCCAGCUUACGGCGGUGUCAAGAUUGACGAUUUGAUUGUCCACGAUGGUCUUACUGACGCUUACAACCACUGCCACAUGGGAGUUUGUGGAGAAAACACAGCUGCAAACCUUAACAUUUCUCGAGCUGAACAGGAUGCUUAUGCGAUUAGCUCCUACCAUAAAUCUGCAGCUGCCUGGGAUGCUGGAAAAUUCAACGCUGAAAUCUGCCCAGUCGUCAUCCCUGGCAAGCGCGGAAAGCCCGAUACCACCAUCUCUGUCGACGAAGAAUACACUCGAUUCAACGAAGGCAAGUUCGGCAAACUCCGAGCUGUUUUCAAGAAAGACGGAACGAUCACUGCUGGCAACGCUUCUACCCUCAACGACGGUGCUUGCGCUCUCGUGAUGAUGACCGCUGAGCGAGCGAAAGAACUUGGAGUGACUCCACUCGCCCGAGUUCGUGGAUUCGCUGAUGCCGCUACUCAGCCAAUUGACUUCCCCAUUGCUCCAGCUUAUGCCACUCCAAAGGCUUUGAAGUGGGCAGGUGUCUCCAAAGAUGACAUCAGCCAGUGGGAAAUCAACGAGGCCUUUUCGGUCGUCGUUCUUGCAAACCAGAAGAUGCUCGAGAUCGACCCAGCCAAAGUUAACCCCAAUGGCGGUGCUGUUUCUAUCGGUCACCCCAUUGGAAUGUCCGGCGCUCGAAUCGUCGCUCAUUUGGUGCACAACCUCGAGUCUGGCCAGCUCGGAUGCGCCUCCAUUUGCAAUGGAGGUGGUGGAGCCGCUGCCAUCGUCAUCGAGAAGCUCUAA